AUGGCAAAAGAUCGAGUGAACUAUCGAAAUGCCCGUCAAUCUAGCCUUACCUCACGCCAAGCGGAGAGCUCGAUUGGAAUUACCACUCUGUGUACUGCUAUCGACUCCGAAAUCGAUCCACGGCCUGUGGCGCUUAUGAAAUGGUCCUUGGAUGACUUUAUUGUUGAGGAGAAGUUUGCGUGGUUGGAUCAUGCUACCAAUGACGUGUCGGAGCCGCCUCCCUCCCCGGUGUCCUCUCCAGAAUCUGACAAACAGGGUAAGUGCACGCUUCUAGUGAAGGUUCUGAGCGAAGGGGUGCCGGACCCGUUCAUCGAGAACUUAUUCCGGCAUCGCUGCCCAAGAGGCGUGUCGUUUCACUUUCUAACGCCCGUAGACUUCGCGAGCUGUGCGGUUCGCCACGUGUGGAUCCGCAGCUACGGCGACGAGCUUCGUCGAAAUUUCCGCACUACCCAGCUUUUGCACACCCCUGCGGGUGAGGUUCGCCUGUACCCCGCCUUCCCCGUUCCCGUUCCACCCACCGCGCCGUACUUUCCGCUUUGCUUGUUGCCGGAUUUGCGUUACACGGUGCUUUUGCGGGAUAUCCGUGGCAGCCUCAACGACGUCCUGCCCCGUUUGCGGGAGUUGCGACGCCGUGGCUUCCUCAACUACGGCCACAUGGCGCGCCACGGCCUGGGCACGCUGCACACCUACAACACCGCGAAGUGCCUUCUGGCGCGCGAUUACGUCGGAUUCCUGCAGGGCUACGCGUGGGGCCUCUCUGAGGGCACCUCGGGCGUCCGCCGGGAGAUGCCAGCGCUGCUGCAGGCCCUCGCGAAUCCCCGCGCGACGCCGCAGGAUUGGGGCCUCGUCCGCGACGGCCUUGAGGCGGCGCUGCGGAAGGACGGCGAGGGGGUGCGGCGGCCCCAAACGGGCCUCUACGCGCCGCACCACGAGCUCCUGCGGGAUUUCCUCACGCGCGCGGCGGAUGUGGCACCGCGGCGGCAUGACGCCGCGGAGGUCCUUCGCGAGUCUGUCAGCCGCGCCUUUCUUCAUGAAACGAUGCGCACCGCGUCGGAGGUCCACUUCAACGCCCUGGCCUCGCUGCGGCGCGAGCGGUUUGGGGAUCGGGUCGUCGUCGGCGACAUCGUCGUGGCGCCGGAUGACGACGACGACGAUGGGGCGGGGCGCCGGAUGCGCGGCGCGGGCGGGGAUCAAAUCAAAAACCUGGAGCACGCCACAUCGGAGGAUCCCAGGCGCUCGUGCGGCCGCGUAUGCCGCGGGGAUGUCUACGAAGGAGCGGCGGAUCACAUCAAUGGCAACAUCCUCUCUCCUUAUUUACACCCGGACUGGGUAGAUUUUGCCUUGCACGAUCGUGGCGUCGGCGAUGGGGUCGACUCGGAGUCUGAGCUACAGCAGUGGUAUCGUCGACUACGAGUUGUUCGGACACAAGCUGAGGCGGAUUCGUGCAGUAUUUCGCAGGUUGUGCUUCCUUUUUGGGGACAGCAGGUGGAUUCGCUUCCAAUGCUUCCGGCGCAUAGCAUUGGUGAGAUUUUUCGGCCUCUAGCACGCGAGUUGCAAAUUGAAGGUCUUUCGCGCAUGAAAACCGCCUCAAUGGCGUCGUAUCGGCACUUCGUCGCCAAACCAUUCAGCAUGGGGGCCUAUUUGUUUGACACCCAGCGCGGGUGGGAUUGGGUCGAGGGUGACUCAUACGGAGAGUCCUUGAAGAAGAGGAUGUAUCAAGAUCACGAUGGUAUUUAUCGGGUCCAAUCCCCUUUGAUGGAUGCGACCUCAAAAAACAUGAUAGCCAGGAGCGGCAUCCGUGGUGAGAAUGCGCGCAAAUUUUUCCUCAAGCCCGCACAAAAACAGAACAUUACCUGUGUGGUGGAGUUCACGCUGCCCCGCGGCUCCCCGGUGACGUCCGCACUGAGGGAGGUAUUCCAGUUCACGACCCUCUCCCCUUCCGCAAUAUUCAGGCUUUUAUCAGCGCAUUAG